GGCGAAGAACUCUCGCAGCAGAAAUGCCGCUGUUGAAGAAUUGCUGCUUUUGCAUCUCGCUGAAGAUCAGUGGAUUGAUUGUGGGUUGGAUUGGUGCAGUGUUUUCUUGCCUUUGCAUAAUAUCUGUCGUUUUGUACAUCUUCAAUUCUGCUGGCAAAUCAAUUUGCUGUCUUCUAUACAUAUUGAGAGGAAUGAUAUUCAACUUUGAUUUGAGAUUUGUCGUUGCGAUGCUGGCAAUCGUCCUCGUGAGUCACAUUCUCCUGAUCAUCGGGACAAUCAAGCGGAAUCGCUUUCUUCUCCUGCCGUGGAUCACAAUGAUGGGUUCUCUUGGCUUUCUCUGCUUCUUGGGCAAGAUAAGCUCAAUCGUGAAUUUGGCAGUGACAGAAGACGUUGGAAAGAUCUUCGUGGUGUUCUUCAUUAGCUUUCUGACCGCAAUUCCGCUCUACCUUUGGCUGGUAAUCGUGUCACUCUUCCAGGAAAUUCACGAUGAAGAACAUCGUUCAACGCCGCUAAUUUAUCCAAUUUACCAGCCAAAUAACAACUACAUCCCAAAUUAUCCGCCACAAUCUGCCACAUUUUAGCCAUUAUCACAAAUGUGCCACCAAAACACAUUUCAGAGGCUAAUAAAAACAUAAAUUUCGCAUCAAACAUUAAACUAUAGUGUGCGAAAAAGUCGCUAUAAGUAAAUAUUUGUAGGCAAUUGCGCGCAAUUACACUACUGAAAGCCGGUCUUAUUCUGGUGUUCAUAGACAGAUGUCUAUUUAAUCUUAUCUCAUUCUUUCGGUGCUGUUUCUUGGAAAAUUUCACAUUCCCGGAAUUCAGUGAAUUCUCAAAUAUCACUCAAAUAAACUCACACAUUCCACAGACGAACAGGAGAAUCAAUAUCACGAAUAAGAAGCGUCAGAAUA